CGCAUUGCGUGUGUCCUGGAAAUUCUUUGGCUUAUGUAGAACUAGGCAAAAUGGCAAUGGAGAAGGAGACAGAUAACCGUAAGAGUGAAGGAGAACCAGGCUUAGGAGGCAGUGCCGCACAAAGCGAAGGGGGGCAGAAGGACAGAGAAUCGAUAAAUCCGGAUGGUACCAAAGGGAACCGGAAGGAAAUCUCCAUAGGAGAAAGCUCGGGGAAAGCCGGGGGAAGCAGGCAAGGGACCCAGGGGACCAAGGAAGGCAGAAAUAAGGAUAGGACAAGCCCCCGAAACUCGGAAGGAGCCGUGCCUAAGAAAGUAAGGGUCACGGAUACGAGGCGCAGACUAGCCGAGAUAGAAAAUAUGACCGCGGAAUACAAGGCAAGAUUGAUUGCGGAAAUGAUGACUGGGAACGAAGAAGGUCCUCUGCAGGAGGAACCCCGGGACGAACGGAAAGCCAGCCAAGGAGAAGUAACAGACCUCCUCCGAGCAAAGAUGGACUCCUUCGUUGCGGAGCCUACGGCAUCGCCAUACGCAAAUCGGUGGUUCGUCUUUCGGAAGCCUAACAAGACACUAAGGUGGAUUCAGGACCUGCAGAAGUUGAAUGCAGUAACCAUCCGGGAUGCUAGCUCGCUACCUCAGGCUGACUUAUUAGCAGAAUCACACGCUGGUCGGGGCAUUUACUCCCUGAUAGAUCUGUACUCAGGGUACGACCAGCUUCCGUUGGAUGUUCGGGACAGGCCAUACACCGCUAUGCACAUCCCCGUAGGCCAACUACAGAUGCAAGUGACCCUUAUGGGAUUCACAAACGCGGUGGCCGAAGCGCAACGCAGGAUGCUCGCCGUGGUCGGGGACAUGUUCCCAGUAAAAUGUGAGCCUUACAUCGAUGACAAUCCGAUAAAAGGCGCGCAGGAGAAGGACGAGACGAAAGUCCAACCAAGGAUCCGACGUUUUGUGUGGGACCACCUGCAGGACAUCAAGAACUUGCUCCACCGGUUCCUAGUAUACAACAUUACGGCUAGUGGACCGAAGAGUAUCCUAGCAGUACCGGAGGUAACUAUACUAAGAUUUCAUUGCAGUGCUUACGGCAGGAAGCCGGAUCCGGCGAAAACCGACAAGAUAUCACAGUGGCCGACACCGCUGCGCACGACGACGGAGGUAAGGGCAUUCCUAUGCGUAGUCGGCUUUUGGAGGAUCUUCAUUAAGAACUUUGCCAAGAUUGCUCAGCCUAUCCGAGCUGUGAUCAGGGAAGAAGGAACCAUGGAUUGGACGGAGGAGCGAGAAGGAGCUGUCCAAAGGCUCAAGGACAUAUUGACAUCUGAGACAGUCGCCCUGUUCGUGCCUUGUUUUACUGAUGAAGUGGGACGACCCUUCAUCCUAGAGACGGAUGGAGGACCUCUGGCCGUAGGAGGGUCUAAAAGAAAAGAGAAGAUGGAGUUCGGUGACGAGAAUGACAGCGGGGCAAUCAACAGGCCUACCGGAGAGGAGGGAGCAGGACUAAGCCAAGGGAGGAGAGCGACAAAGAGAAAGUUGUAUAUAGGACUCAUGGGUGGCCCAGUGGUAGGCAGGGGAGGAAGGAAAUGCUUGUGUAGGAAACUCUCACCCCUCCACGAGGGAGAAGGUAUAGAAAUCCCGUCUGACAGUGAGGGAGGGAAGGAAAAGGCAGAAGUGGAAGAGGGAGGCAAUACAGAGAUGGGAAACAAGGUUCAGGUUUCUGACGGCAAAGGAGUCAACAGGGGCAAGCGACGUGAGACUUGGCAUGGGGAGAGCGAGGGGGGACAGGACGUGCGCGACAAGUAUGAGGAGGGUGAGGAAAGAAGGGAAAGUCCGCUUGAAGGACGAAGCGGCCACGACAGUUGCGAGGGGUAUGGGAUGGGGACAAAGAUUCCUUUUACCUACGAUUCAAAGAACCUUGCAGGUGAAUAUAGCCCCAUACAGACAGAAGACGAGGAGGACGAGGAGGAGGAUGUGCGAGAAGUCAUAGAAAUCAGCAUCGGGGAUGAGAGGGAUGAGAUCUCGAGGCCUAGGGAAGAAGGGCGACUUCCGAUGCACCAACUGAGCAACGGGGCUUUCAGAUGGGAGGACGAGUUUGGGCCAACGCCCAGUCAUUGGUUUCAGCAAUGGACCAAUGUGAUUAGGCACGAAUGGAUUAUCAAGACUCGGGAACUCGCAAGGGCAGGGGUGGAAGCCACACCACUGGAUUUUUUUAACGAGGCAGAGUUACGGAAAAUUGUAAGGAUGAAAAGAGAAAUCGAGACCUACGGCGUGGGGGUUAGGAAGCCUGCCGAGGAGCAGGGUGGACCAGGAAACGAGCAAGUUGAGGCACAAGACAGCAAUAGGCAUUAGAUGUUGAUUGAGUGUUGGGCAAGAAUCCUGGUUCUAUUUCUCAAUUGCAAAACAUUGG